AUGCCGUCUUCUCACUCAUCACAGGAUGUUCAGCUAAAUAAAGGUCACAGAAGGGGUGUUGGACAUGAAAGAAAUCACACAGGAAAGAAACCAUAUUCAUGCUCAGAAUGUGGGAAAUGUUUUACUCAGAAAUCAAGUCUUGUUACACAUCAGAGAACUCACAAAGGAGAGAAGCCAUUUUCAUGCUCAGAAUGUGAGAAAUGUUUUUCUUCUAAAUCAGAUCUUGUUGUGCAUCAGAGAACACACACAGGGGAGAAGCCAUUUGCAUGUUCACAAUGUGGAAAAUGUUUCACUCAGAAAUCGCAUCUUGUUGGACAUCAAACAACCCACACAGGAGAGAAGCCAUUUUCAUGUUCAGAAUGUGGAAAACAUUUUACUUCUAAAACAUGGCUUGUUCAGCAUAAGAGAACUCACACAGGGGAGAAACUGUGUUCAUGUUCAGAAUGUGGGAAAUGUUUUACUUCUAAAUCACGGCUUGUUGAACAUCAGAGAACUCACACAGGGGAGAAGCCAUUUCCAUGUUCAGAAUGUGGGAAAUGUUUUACUAAGAAAUCAAAUCUUGUUGAACAUCAAACAACUCACACAGGAGGGAAGCCAUUUUCUUGUUUAGAAUGUGUAAAAAAAUUUACUUCUAAAUCCCGGCUUGUUAAACAUAAGAGAGUUCACACAGGGGAGAACCCAUUUUCAUGUUCAGAAUGUGGGAAAUGUUUUACUUCUAAAUCAAAUAUUAUUGAACACCAGAGAACUCACACAGGGGAAAAACCAUAUUCAUGUUUAGAAUGUGGGAAAUGUUUUACUAAGAAAUCAACUCUUGUUGAACAUCAAAGAACUCACACAGGGGAGAAGCUGUUUCCAUGUUCUGAAUGUGGGAAAUGUUUUACUCGGAAAGCACAUCUUGUUGUACACCUACAGAAAUGUCUGUUUUACAAAAUGCAAAUAGAAUCCAAAUAACACAUCUGUAUGUAUUGUCGUGCGGUAAUAACUCAAUUAUGAAUUAUGGUCAUAAAAUAUUAAUUAUGAAAAAUUAAAACAAUUGAAAAUUAUUAAAAAUAUCAAAAUUAUGACCUGGUGAAUUGUAGACAAAGCUAAUCAAUACAAUUCACUAGA